UAAAUGUCAUCGAUGGACCUUCUUUUAUACUACUUUAUUUUAUUUAUAAUUAUUAUUAUCUCUCUUUUUUUUGUUUCUCUUUCAUCUUCGUGGUUUGCCAUAGCUCUUCUUGAAUCAAAGUCGUCUUCUUGAAAUCAGAUCUCUUCGUGACUUCUCCUGUAACCAACAAAGAACCAUGGAGCUCCUCUCUAGAGCUCUUUUCUUCUUUCUUCUACUCUCAACUACACUUUCUUCUUUCUCAUCUUCAAGUUUCAUUUCAGAUGGUGUGUUCGAAUCUCAGACUUUGGUCCUUGGAAGAAACCUGCUUCAGACCAAGAAAACAUGUCCUGUGAACUUUGAGUUUAUGAACUACACGGUCAUAACCAGUAAAUGCAAAGGUCCCAAAUACCCACCAAAGGAAUGCUGCGGCGCCUUCAAGGACUUUGCAUGUCCUUACACUGACCAGCUCAACGACCUUAGCUCAGAUUGUGCAACCACUAUGUUCAGUUACAUCAAUCUCUAUGGAAAAUACCCGCCUGGACUUUUCGCUAACGAGUGCAAAGAAGGUAAAGAAGGUCUCGCAUGCCCUGCCGGAUCCCAGUUGCCUGCACAAUCAACAUCAGACGUAAACGCAGCAACUACCUCUUCGUCCCGUCUUUGGCUGACAAUUGCCGCGGCUCUAUUUGUUUUUGUUAAGUUGUUCUGAGGCUGAGAAAGCCGGAUUUCUGCAAUGAACCUGUAACAACCUGAGGAAGAGAAUUUAUGUAUAUCCACGAUUUGUUUUACUGUUUGAACUAUCUCAUUCUUUUGUUAUCAGGGAGUUCAAAAAAAUUCUAAAUGAUAAUUUGUAAUGGCUUUUGUGCGUAUUA